AUGCUCGAGUCUGGCGCCCAAGGUCCGUAUACCGGCAGCGAUGCCCCGAAGCUUCGAACAGCUUGUGAGAACUGUCGCCAAUCCAAGGUUAAAUGCAACUUGUCCGGCAAGAACGUUUGUACACGUUGUCUACGCCACGGCUUGCAGUGCCAGUACGGCUUUGCCAAUCGAUCCGGCAAGCCGAAAGGCAGCAAGAACCGAGCAACGCUACGGAAGCUGGGUCAGUUACAGGAGGACAAACCGCCGAUGCGUGGAUUCCGUGAGAGUCGGCCGCCUCAUGCGGCUGACAGAAAGCCCUUCUCUGCUGGAUACACAGGGCAUAUCGCCGAUUCAAUGAUGGAUGACGACGUAUGCGUGAUCUCUGGUCCUCCAGGACUUUGGAAUAGUCCACGGAGUUUCCGUAGCGCAGCAGCACUGGAGACACCAAUAUGCUCUUCGCAAUUGACCGUCGAUGGCUCCCCUUUUGCUGAUCUCAUGGAUCCAUGCCCCACUCUACCCAUCGGUCUAGGAUACCCUCAUGCACCAGUGACUCCUACCUUUCUACCAUCAGACCCUCUUGCGGAUGGGGUAGCAAGCUCGCCUUUUGGAGGCUCUGCAUCUUCGCCUUAUGCUGCCCCAUGCGAAUGUGUGGACAUGCAGCUGUUCCAUAUGAAUCGACUCAACCAUCUACUCGCCGAAUCUCUACCCCUCAGAUUCGACCAUAGCCUGCAGACCAUCAAGGCCACCUUCCGAACAUGUCUGAUAUUUCUGCAGUGUAGUAAAUGCACGAAAGACAGUGCCAACUCGUUACUGGUCAUCUCCGUGCUCAAUCUGACUCUACAGCUAUUCGAAUGCUGGAUCUCACGCGAGACGUCCAGGACUCUGCGGACCGAACACGGACUUGGCAUUAGGUAUGGAUGCUACGAAUUAUGCCAGGAAGAGAACCAACAGAUCCACACUUUUCUACUUCGCGGAUUACUGCUUCAAUGUCGCGAGGUGCUGUCCAUGAUGACCGCCUCUGUCAACUCAGUCUGUUACAAUACCCCAAAGCUCGCCGAGUGCACAGGCUCGCCCAACAAUACAAUCACCGAGGAUACUAGCCAACUCUGGCCUUCACCAGAUCAUCUCGGCGUUUCAUUGUCAGACCUGGAUACAGACAUGGUGGGCAACGGGCCAGGGAACAACUCCCUCCUACCCAUCAUCGCCGGCUACGAGGCAACCGUAGAGGCCUUUCUGCAGACAAUUUCAUCCAACGAAUGCAUCUGCGGAGCGAAACCCAGUUCCCGAGAUGACACUACUUAA